AUGGUACUCGUGACAAUGGGUGCUACAGAUAAUUGCACCAAUUUUUUAGUUUGGUUCGUUAGUUGCCUGAGGUGGAUCUCAACGACGGUAUGCGGAUUGUUGGCGUUUCCUGUUGGAGCACUGAUUCAUCACUGGUACUGGUUACAUGGCAGUAAACUCACAAGGAAAGAAAUGAUAUUUUUCGAUGAAGCCAACCUCUUGGAAACUUCGAACCUUUUCGAAUAUAAUCGCCCACCAAACACGGAAGGCACGACGCCUAUUUCUGGCCCAGAAAGAAAUCCCGAUGCUCCUACGAGUUUGUGGCAGGCCUUAUUCUGCGAUGACAGAGAGCUGCAGAUUCAAAAGUUCUAUAAAGCCCACUAUGGACCUGUUUGGGAAACAGCGAAGAGAAGAGAGCAAGAAUGGAAGGCGAUGCAAUCGCAGGUGACCAACUUUAUUCUUUGA